AUGGCACGUUAUUAAAUUACCAAAAAAGAUUUACAUGUAAAACUUAACAUAUAUGAUGUGAUAUAUGUUUGUUGUUUUUUUUACACACAAACGUUUGUCUGCCCGACUCACCCUCGAGUGAUUGGUACAUUCCAUUGUCGAUUUAAUUGAGCAUCGCUUUCUCUGAUAGCGCGACAACAUUUGGAUUCGAAGAGGAAUGAAUUCGCAUAGGCUUUGCUGCGCUCUUUGGACGUUCUAUGCCAUUAUAUUGACACGAUGUCUUCAUGGGCAAACCGAAGAAUGCAGGACUGGCAUGUACCCACCCAAUGGGCCGACGUUCAAAGGAGAUGUUCCAUGGUAUACUGUAGAUCUCAACGAGCCGCCCGUUAAAAGAUGGAAUGGAGUGGUCAAAGACAAGAAAAAUGAGCUUGUAGCAGUGAUGCAGGCCAUAAAGGAACUGGCUAAUAGUUUAGUUCAUAGUGGAAGACUUGUUGACCUGGUGGACAACGUCUUGCCACUGAUGUUGGAUACAUUGCCCUACCCUUUUAAUGAGGAGAUCCGUGGAAUAGCAAUAUCUUCAGGAGCUCCUGUAGGAGAAGUUAUACUCUUUAACAUCUUCUACGAGGUCUUCACUGUGUGUACAUCGGUGGUUGCAGAGGAUACAAGUGGUAAUCUGUAUCAUGGGCGGAAUUUGGACUUUGGUUUGUUGAUGGGAUGGAAUCACAAAAACCAUUCCUGGAUAAUAACAGACAAGCUUAAACCUCUUGCUGUCAAUGUUGACUUCAAACGAAACAAUGCUACUGUUUUCAAGUCCACCAGCUUUGCUGGAUAUGUUGGCAUGUUGACCGGCAUCAGACCUAAACAGUUCACCCUGACAAUGAAUGAGCGUUUUAACUUUGAUGGGGGAUAUGUAGGGAUCUUUGAGUGGAUCUUGGGGAAGAGAGAUGGCAUGUGGAUGGGCUUCCUCACACGCACAGUCCUAGAGAAUGUCACCAGUUACGAGGACGCCAAAACCCAGCUUGCUCUUACGAAGUUACUGGCACCUGCUUACUUCAUACUUGGGGGAAACCAGACUGGACAAGGCUGUGUGAUCACCAGAACAAGAAUCAAUGCCUUGGAUGUUUGGGAGAUUGACCUGAAGCUUGGAAGGUGGUAUGUGCUUGAGACAAACUAUGAUCACUGGGAGGAGCCUUUCAUAUUGGAUGACCGCAGGACACCGGCCAUGAAGUGCAUGAAUAAGACUACACAGGCUUAUAUUUCCUUUAAAACAAUGUAUGAUGUUCUUUCAACCAAACCAGUCCUUAACAAGCUGACUACCUACACCACUCUAAUGGAAGUAUCCUCGGGCAAACUGGAGUCCUUCCUCAGAGACUGCCCUGAUCCGUGCAGUCCGUGGUGAUCAGGGCGCUAACACCCCAUGCUAGCACCCUGUACAGAUGGCAGUAUUGAAGAUCAUGCGGUGAUGUCAUGUAAUGACCCUCACCACACAGUAUUCUUGCCACAUCCUCAGCCAAUAUAAUUUCUUGUCACUACUGAAGUGAUGGCCAAUGCAGUUCAGUGUUUGGGAAUGAGCCUCGGUGUCAUACAUACUGUGCUACCUCUACAUGUUGCAGUAUAUACUUGUUUUAGACUACUAAGCUAUUCAUCAAAUAAUUCUCCCAAACCAUUGUCUUUACCAAAUAUGUAAAUAAACGUUGACUUUGAUAUGUGUAAUGGCUUUGAAAUAAAAUUAUUUAUGUGA